AUGUACUUCUCACCACUCACCAAAACAUGCAGAAACACACUUCGCGCACAACAUGAAAACGAAGAGUUGGAGCCACCGCAAGUGGAUUUAUGCGAUCCCGGUUGGUCUAGACUCGAGAAUAAAUGUUACAAGGUACACCUUUGUGGAGGAUGUACCUGGACAGAAACUAACGAGUGUCCUCUAGCGUCUAUUCAUUCAGAUAAAGAAAACAUGUUUGUCACAGAUUUGGUGCGCCGGUCGGGAGUGGACUCGUGGAUCGGUGCCAUAAGAUUAACAUUUGGUAUCGAUGACAUCACCCUCACAUCUUAUUUCAACUGGGAUCGUGGAGAGCCUAGCUCCAAGCAUAACCUUGCAGCAUACUGCGUUGCUAUGAAAACAAAUGGGAAAUGGGCAUCUUAUCCGUGUCAUACAAGAAUGAGUAUCAUUUGCAAAUUUAGAACAAAGAACGUUGAAACUGCGAUCAGGCCUUUUACCAAAUACUGGAUUGGAAUUAACCGCAACUCAGUGAGAUGGAGUGACGAGACCCCCGUGGAUUAUCAAGCGUUCAGUAAAUACCAAGAUUUACCUGGCGACGUAAGAUUUUGCACAUACAUAAAAGCAGAUUUAAACCGAUACGCGCCGCCAAUAUGGAUGCAAAAACCUUGCAAGGAGACCUUACGGGCAAAAAUCUGCUCUCGGCCGGCACAGCAAAGGGUGGACCUGCCAGAACUUGAUUCUCAUUUCCCAAGAGCAAAACACCCGUCCAGAGACAAGUACUACAACAUAGGGGAAACGAGCUUAUCCUUAUCAAAGGUUUCAGAAAUCGAUGAGUUUAAACAUAGUGAAGAAAGGUACUAA